CUCCAGUCCCAAAUAAAUAAAGUCACAGAAGGAUGUGGGGGAAAGAGAGAAGUUGCUACUUUAGGAAGAACAAUGUUGAUGCUACCCAACCUUCUUCAUCUCCUGCCUGCUUUUGAGAAUGUGUGAGGAUUAAAAGCGCGUGGCGGCGAUUACACAGGGAUUUCUACACCACAAAAGGAUGCUCAGUUCUCCCUCCUCUCCUGCUGAAGCCACAGAAGAGAGGACUACCGUAGAGAACUUGUCUCCUCCUGUCUCAGCGCUACCUGCCUAACAGUCAGCCGUGCACAGCCACCAGAGGCAAUGACAGCCUUGCUGCUCUAGAGCCCCAUGGAGCGCAGUCCGCCGCUGGAUUCCAUGCUUUGUAGAUAUACAUUCUAAGAAAUUCGUUCUUAGAAUCCAAACCGAGAGAAAAUAAAAACUGGCUGCUCACCAGCUCUAUGGUUUUCUGACUCGUCCAACAUUGUGAUUUUUGGCAUCUGACUAAGAGAUGACCCAAGAACAGUGCACUCAUAGGAACAAUGUCCAGAGCUCAGAGAAACCACACGUGUACAAAGUGGGGAUUUAUGGCUGGCGGAAACGUUGCCUUUACUUCUUCGUGCUCCUGUUAAUGAUCCUGAUCCUGGUCAACCUUGCUUUAACCAUCUGGAUACUAAAGGUCAUGAACUUCACCAUUGAUGGUAUGGGCAAUUUAAGAAUAACGGAGAAGGGCCUGAAACUGGAGGGGGACUCUGAGUUUCUUCAACCUCUGUAUGCUAAAGAAAUUCAGUCCAGACCAGGCAGCCCACUGUUACUGCAAUCCUCCAAAAAUGUGUCCAUCAAUAUCCUCAAUGGGAAGAAUCAGCUGGUCACACAACUUAUUGCAGGAUCCAGUGGAGUGCGUGCUCGAGGGAAGAUGUUGGAAGUGAAAUCUAGCACAGGGAAGCUGCUGUUCUCUGCUGAUGAUCAGGAGGUGGUGGUGGGAGCAGAGAGGCUACGGGUGACAGGUGCCGAGGGAGCCGUGUUCAGCAACUCUGUGGAGACGCCACACGUCAGGGCCGAGCCCUUCAAAGAGCUACGGCUGGAGUCUCCCACGCGGUCUCUGUACAUGGAGGCCCCUAAAGGAAUCCAGAUCCUAGCAGAGGCAGGGGACAUCCAGGCCACGUGUAGAAGUGACCUACGCCUGGAGUCCAAAGACGGAGAGAUCAAUCUGGACGCACGGAGGAUCAGGCUGCUGCGUCUGCCGGAGGGCAAGGCCUCUCCAUCGGGGACCACCUCCAGACAAACUGUCUAUGAGGUGUGCGUCUGUCCCAAUGGAAAACUCUUCCUCUCACAGGCCGGGAAAGGCUCCACCUGCCAGAUCAGCAACAACGUCUGCCUCUAGAACACAUACACACACAAAAAUAUGCAAACACACACACACAGAAACAUUUGCACGCACACACACAAGCACUGAAACAUACACACACAUACAUGUAUACUGAAACACACACACACAUUGAAACACACAUACACACGCUGAAACACAUACACAUAUAGAUCAUACCGACACACAUUGUUACACACACACACACACACACACACACACACACACACACACACACACACACACACACACACACACACACAGACAGAGAGACAGAGACACACACACAGAGAGAGAGAGAGAGAGAGAGACACAUACACAGAGACACACACACACAAAGUGUUCUGUCCCUCCUAACAACCCUCUGGCAGAAACUGAGAGGGAUUCUCCUGCGAUUUACAAAGAGACACUCAGAGUGACAAUGUUCUGUUCGCUGUCCUGAAGACAAUUUCAGUACCAGAAUCACUAGGGUGAUCACCCACAUUUAGAAACCCUGCAAUAUCCUGCCAUUUUACACUCUUUGCUUGAAGUCAUCUACCACACAUGUGGUGAUAGAAGGCUCAUUGCUAUUUUGUUCUAUGAUUAUUUUUUUCCAGUUUGUUAGCAGUUCUAACGAAUAUUGUCUCUUGUUUUGAAACAUGAAGUGUGUGCCAAUGGCAUUUUCUUUUGUGAAUGAUUUUGAUUGUCAAUGUGUCAAGCUUGGUAACACUUGCAUAUCAUGUCAAUUCACGUAAAUGUCGACUUUAUAGAAUCAUGAAGAGAACAACAGCAGCACAGAUUUUUAACCCACACAGCUAAGGGAACAUUAUGGUAAACAUUGAGUAUAUCUCAAUAUAUACCAGAGUAUAUACUGUAUAUAUACCAUAAAUACCAUAGAGAGCAUAUCUGCAAAUCUGUGUAUGUGACCAAUAAACGUUGAUUUGAUUUGA